AUGAAGUGCUCCAUGCUCGCUCUCCUACCGCUGGUCGUGGCCGCCGCAUCAAAUCCCUGGGAGACCUUCAUUCACAGCCCCGCAUCACGGCACGUUAAACCUACAGCGAUACAUUCUAAAUCCGAAAACGUUACUGUUUUCAAGCACAGCAACAGCGAAAAUGUUCUUUUCAUGCCAGCAUGUUCGCAGGUCAGCCUCGACUUUGGUGCAGAGGUUGGCGGAUGGAUCAGCCUGAACGUGAACACGCCUAGUACCAGCACACCCCAGCUUUCGCUCGCGUUCGCCGAAUCGCCAUCAUUCGUGCGCGCGAUAUCGGAUGAUACUGGUUCAAUCGCGACGCAGGACUACGACAAAGCACUCAACGUCAGUGUGUCGCAAGGAUCUACGUGGUAUAGAGUGCCAGGAGAGAGGUUUCGGGGUGGAUUUCGCUUCUUAACGAUUGUUGCUAGGAGUCACGCUACAGUCGCCAACAUUACUUGCGAGAUUGGCUUCGCGACCGAGACUAAAAGUUUACGCAAGUAUGCGGGAUACUUUUACACUCCCGACACGGACCAGCAGACUCUCAAUCGAGCUUGGUACGCUGGGGCAUAUACCGUGCAGACCAACAUUGCGCCUCAGAAUACUGGUCGUUUCCUCCCUCAGGUCAAAGACGGAUGGGCUUACAAUAACACCAUCGGCGUCGCCGGGCCUUUGCUAGUAGACGGUGCGAAGCGGGACCGAGCUGUCUGGCCCGGUGACCUGGGCAUACAAGGCACAACGGCAUUUUUAGCCUUUGGCAACGACGGGCUUUUUGCGUACAAGAAUUCGUUGGAAACACUCUUUUACUAUCAGAACGCGACCACUGGCCGACUGCCCUUUGCUGGGCCAGCUACCGGCUCUUUUCGCAGUGGUGCUCAGAGCGAUACGUAUCACGCAUGGAGCUUGAUUGCUAUGCACAACUAUGCCAUCUUCACUGGCGAUUCGGAAUGGUUGACUUUACACUGGGCCAACAUCACCCGAGGCAUCGAGUUCAUCACCAACGCCUUGGACACCUCAUACGGUCUACACACGCAGACUGCUCCUAAUGACUGGGCACGACAAGGUGGCGGCGGCUACAACAGCGCCCUCAACGCCCUCGACUACCGUGCCCUCUCCUCACUUGCUACCCUCGCCCAGUCCUGGUCCAAGGAUGCUGCCAUCCUCUCCAACGCUGCAAAAUGGGCCACCGCCGCCGCAAGGCUCAAACGUUCCUACAACGCCCUCCUCUGGGACACCAAAACUUGCCUAUUCCGCGACAACCAAACCACAACACUCGCCCCGCAAGACGGUAACAGCCUAGCGCUUCUCUACAACCUCACUCAAUCCUCCGCGCAAGCCACAGCCCUAAGCAAAGCCCUCACAACAUUCUGGACUCCAAUCGGCCCCGUAACACCAGAAUUACCGGACACCAUAUCCCCCUUUAUUUCCUCCGUCGAACUCCUUGCACACUUUGCCGCCAACGAGCCAGGCCGCGCACUCGAUCUCACGAAGAGGCUGUGGAAGUACCUGCUCGACUCGCCGCUCAUGACGGGCAGCACCCUCGCUGAGGGGAUCAGUGCGAAUGGCAGCUUGUACUACCGCGGCAAUGCGGGAUAUAAGCACGACGCGGCGUAUACGAGUCUCAGCCAUGGGUGGAGUACGGGGCCUACACAGGCGCUCAGCUUUCGUGUUGCGGGGCUGGAGAUUGUGGGGUGGAAGAGGUGGGUGUUUAGGCCGCAGAGUGGUGGGGUGGAGAGCGUGAGGAGCGGGUUUGAGAGCCCGUUGGGGGUUUGA